AUGCACCGAAAUAACGAUGAUCGUUAUCCUCCUCCUUCAACCUCUUCUUCUUCCUCUUCUAGAUAUCCUCCGCCCCCCUCUCUAAACGGAUCCUCAUCGAAUAGACCUUCAUCCUCAUUUCAUCUGCCUCCACUUAUCCCUUCAGCUAAUUCACCUAUGAACCAUUCAUUCGGAUCACCAAAUUACAGAGACGUGCCUUCGCCCAGUGGAGGACAUACCGAUCCUCAAUCUUGGGCAUCCGCAUCAGCAACUGAUAGACCCAGUUCAUCGAGGAAUAAGCCUAGUUGGGCUACCGCUGCACCUGGACCUUCACCUAGAGAUGCUAGUGGAAAUAGGUUACCAUCCUUAGUUGAUUUCCCUCAUUCCCAUCCACACGGUAGAAGCUCUCAUUCUGGAUGGGACGCUUCACCUGGAGGGUAUACGAUGUCUCAUACUAGAGGAUCAGGUUCAGCUUAUCCAUCGUAUCGUGAAUCACCAUCAAAGCCACCUCCUCUUAUCACCCCCGUUACCAGCUCUCAAUCGCUCCCUCACGGUUCGCACUGGGCAGACGACAGAACCCUAUCGCCUUCGACCACAAGGAGAGAAAGCGUUUUAUCUCAACCUGGAAAUUAUCCUACUUCUCCACCUCCGCCUGAUACAGGUAGCAGUGGUGGGAAAAACAACAAUAAGCAUGCUGCUCCGAAAGAUGGGGAUGAUACCGAUGGUCAACCUACUCAGAAAAAGAAGAAGCGGAGAGUAGCCCUGUCCUGUGCAGAGUGUGCAAAGAGAAAACAGAAAUGUAAUAGGGAGACACCAUGUCAGCAUUGUGUAGCUAGGAGAGUACCAGAACUUUGCGUUCCAUAUUCCCGUCCUACUACACCGCCAGGAGGGAAGAAUAUCGUUAAAGUUGAAAGUCAAUCUGCCAGACCUUCUCCUAAAGAAAGUAACAAGAAAGAUGGUAAUGAUGUGCCUUCCCAACCUACCACAACGGCGGCCAGACCACCAUCGAUGCUACCCACCAUCAGCGUUAGAGUUGCGAGAUUAGAAGCUAUGGUAAAUGCUAUUGUCAAUCGUGUAGAUGGAAUAGAAGGGAAAGCUCUGAGAGAUUGGAGAAUCAAUCACGCACCUGCAACAUCCCCUCCUCCCCUUUCUGCUUCAUUACCGCCCGAUUCAGAGGACGAAAAGAAGUUGGAUCUACGACCUGAAACCUCAUCCACCCAAUCCAGGAUAGAACAUUCUGUGGAGUGGGACAACGGACCGGAGAGCGAGGAUGCUGUCGUAGGAGGCUUGGACAGAGAAACGGGUAUCAGAAAUCCUUUACCUCAAUCUUUACAUCCUUCCGGACCGGUUCCUCUCGGUUUGGACUACCAUGGCACACCCGCUGAACAGCUGUCACAGUUGUUUAAUGAUUGUGGAUUGAAUCCCGAAAAGAUGACCAUCCUCAUGAAAGACCUUCCUCCACGAGAUCUAGCAGAGAAGAUUACCCAGUGGUUCUUCGAUAAAGUCAAUCAUGUCAGGUAUCCAAUCGACGAGCACUUGUUCCGAUUGGCCUUUGAACAAGUUUAUUCUCACAAGAAUAGCGCCGCUGCUGUACUUGCUUUACCAUUGGUGUUUAUCGUUUUCGCCUUGUCGACUAGGGUAGCUCCAGAUGAAUUGGUAGGAACGGAACAUGAGAAAAGGUUGACUAGUUUGAGGUAUUAUUGGAAUUCCAAAACUGCUAUCAACAUUGCCAGCGCAGUGAAAGCUGAGAACCUUCAUCUCGUUGAAACGCGCAUCUGUACCGGACUAUAUCUCGUAUUGAUGCAUGAGCGACGCUUAGCGGAGGGAUGGGCGGAGUUCCGAUAUGCUCUCACUAUAGGACAGGCAUUGGGACUACAUCGCGAUGGGACAAAAUUGGGUUUAGACCCUUACGUCACAGAAUACAGAAGAAGAUUAUGGUCAUAUCUCAUACAUGCGGAUGCGACAUACUCUUGUUUGCUGGGAAGACCAACGGCCAUAGAUCCGAACUUUGCUGAUACCCUACCACCAUCGAAUAUCGAAUUGGAAGCGUUGAAAGAUGAUAAGAAAGCUUCACCUAAGCCGAUGUCGGAACCUACAUUCGCUACUUAUCUCAUCUUAAGAAGAGGCUUGGGCUGUAUAGUCGCCAAAGUGACACAGCAUUUCCAGAGGUUAUCGGGACAAGGUUCAUAUAGAGAUGUAGAAGCUUUAGACGCAGAGUUGAAACAAUUCGUAGAGAAUUUACCACCAACAUAUAAGAUGUUGACGCCUGAUAAAUCGUACGAUGAUAAAAUGUGGUUCUUACCUAUUCAUAGAUAUUAUAUUCAGACUGAGAUCCUACAUUUUACGAUUAUUCUCCAUCGUCCUUGGCUCCUUCGUAAGCUUAGAAGUUCAAGAUAUGCUUUAUCGAGACAAGCUUGUUUCGACGCUGCUGUUACGGAUUACAAAUUGCGUCAAAUGUUCAAAGUCGAUUGUCCAGAUUUCUUCGAAACGUUGCUGGGUGGAUCUUUCCGAGAAUUCAAUGCCGCAAUGAUAGCUGGUAUCAGUAUCAUCAUAGAUCCUCGCGCCGCCCGAGCCAGCGAGAUGAAGCAGAUCAUCCAAUCUUUCAUGGAACAACAUCCUCAUGAUCCCAAGGCAGAUGACUUCUCGCAGAAAGAAGCGGCGAUCAUAUACACAUUACAUCAGCGAGCACAACAGAUGGAAUCACAGAGGCUCGCCAGACGACCUACCCUCCCAUCCGGUCGGUUGUCGGUGGACAAUACAUCAUUCGAACGGUCAACUUCCAAACCACCUUCAACCUCCAUGGCGGCUCCUCCUAAUCCUACUCCACCCCAUUCGAGCGAGCCGGGAAGCGGAGGGCCCAGACAUGCUCCUCUACCUGCUAUCUCACCUCAGAGCUAUGUCAGAGCAAGUCCCUACACCACUAAUAGUAUGGGUCCCACUCCACCCGGUAUGGGCCAUAGCCCAGAGGAAGAUCAUCCUCAGCGAUUACUCGAUCACUGGUUGCAGUCCAACACUUCCUUUGGCCCCGGUACGGAAGGUCUAAACUUUGGUAUAGGUCCAUUCCCACAACAUCUACCUGUCGGAUCAACCUCUCGAUCAAACUCCUUCGUAGGGAACGAACAGAUGGGCCAACCUCAACUUAUGACUGGAUAUAUACCCGGUACUCUCCCUGAUGGAAGUGUACAAUAUAAUGACAACGGAAAUGGCGGAUUCGAUAAUACCGGUGCGAUGGGAUGGAUGGAUCCUUCUUUAGCAAGUGGCGGACCAAUGAUGGGUACCAUGUCUGAAUUACCUCAAAACGCAUCUUCUCAGAUGAAUAAUCAAACUAACAAUAAUCUUUCGAUGAUGGGUAUGAGCGGUAUGCCAAUUGGUCAGAUGGGAAAUAAUGGGAUGAAUAUGAUCAAUGGUCACUUUGGAAUUUCACCUGCUAUUGCCCAGGGAGCAGGAGCAGGAGGUAAUAGUUCUCAAUACUGGAAUGCUCUUAUUGAUGGUAUCGUCACUGGAUUACCGAAUUAUGAUCCUAAUCUAAGUAGCGCAAGUGUGUAA